UCUGAUCUAUUAAUUUGUCCUACAGAUUAAAGAGAGAAAAACUUACAAUGGUGGAUUAAAGCAAUUUCUCCAAUAAGAAUAUUUUUGUUAUAAAGAAUUUGUUACCUAAAAGCAAUUUUUCCAGUAAGAAAAUUUUGUUGCAUGCACCUUCCAAAUUUCCGCAAAGACUACAUUCCCAUUGGUCCUAAAAAAGUUGGAACUUUCCACGCCUUGCAAUCACAUUGCAUCUUUCAAAAGUUGGGAUAUGAUUGAAGGUUUUAUGCAAUUAUGUUACACCUUCCAAAAUGACAGUAACAUUUAAUUUAGAGCCAGAAAGACGCCCCACAGAUUUGAUCUCGGAGAUUGAUACCAUGUCUUGUUGCUAACUUUUCUUGUUGGUGGAGCUUUUCUCUCUCAACUCAUUGAUGUUGUCCUGGACAGGCUCAUGUCUGCUGACGCUAUCAACUUUGUUGUGGGCAAGAAGCUUAGCUCUGACUUGGUUGAGAAGCUGAGGACUGCUCUGAAGGAUGCUGGAGCUCUUGUUGAUGAUGCAGAGCUCAAGCAACUGGAUAACCAUGAUGUGAAGGAGUGGCUCAACUCUCUCCGAGAUGCUCUUUACACUGCUGAUGACUUGCUGGACCGCAUCUGCACCAAAGCCGCAACUCAAAAGGUCACUCUCUUGGGUAGAAUCUUCAACUCUGAAGAUAGGCAGAUGGUGAAUGAGAUAGAAAGGGUGGUCAGAAGGAUAGAAGAUCUUGAGAAACGCAAAGGAAAGCUUGGGCUUGAAAAGAUUUCCACUGCUAGCUUCUCCUGGAAAACUCCAUCCACUUCUCUUGUAAGAGGGAAUGUGUAUGGCAGGGAGGAUGAUGAGAAGGCCUUAAUCAAGAUGCUGAAUGACAACAAUGAGCAUCACUUGUCUGUGAUCUCUAUUGUUGGCAUAGGUGGGGUUGGUAAAACAACUUUGGCUCAAUGGGUGUACAAUAAUGCAGGGUUGAUGGAGGGAUUUGAUAGGAAAGCAUGGGUUUGCGUUUCGGAAAACUUCGAUAUUGUUGAGACUACAAAGAAUAUUGUAAAAGAGAUCUCUACAAUUACUCAGGAUCCUGACAGCUUCAAUUCAAUUCAAGAUGCUUUGAAGAAAGAAUUGUCUGAAAAGAAGUUCUUUGUUGUUUUGGAUGAUGUUUGGAGUAAUGAUCAUCAUCAAUGGAAGGAUUUUCUAGCCCCUUUUCAAUAUGGGGUUAAGGGAAGUACUAUUCUUCUAACUACUCGCAAUGAAGAUGUUGGUUCAGUUGUCCAAACAAAUUACCACCCUCACUAUCUCAAUCCAUUAUCAGAAGACUAUUGCUGGUCGGUGUUUGCAGCCAAUUCUUCUUUUCCAGAAUCAAAUGGGAGCCCAAUACUUGAAGGAAUAGGCAAAAAGAUUUCCAGAAAGUGCAAUGGUUUGCCAUUAGCAGCAGAAACGCUUGGUUGCUUGUGCAGAAGGCAUGAUGCUGAGGAAUGGAAAAAAAUCUUGAGGAGUGAAAUUUGGGGAUUUUCUACAAAUGAGAGUAAGAUUAUUCCAGCAUUGUUAAUUAGUUACUUUCACCUUCCUGCACAUUUGAAGCCUUGUUUUGUUUACUGUGCGCUGUUUCCGAAAGAUUAUCUUUUCGUUAAAGAUGAAUUAAUUUUGCUGUGGAUGGCCGAAGAUCUUUUAAGGCUACGAAAUAGAGGAGAGAGUUCAAGAGCAGAAAAAAGAAAAAGGGGAGAGAGUUCAAGACCAAAAAAAAACGAUAGAGGAGAGAGUUUAGAAGAAGUUGGUUGCAAGUGUUUUGAAGAAUUAACUUGGAGAUUGUUUUUUAAACCAGCUAAGCGUUUUUCUAAGUUGUACGUGAUGCAUGAUCUCUUGCAUGACUUGGCAAUAUUCCUUGCCGGAGACUUCUAUUGUAGGAUAGAAGAACCUGGUGAACAAGAAGAGAUGAAGGUUCUCACUCGUCAUUUGUCAUAUUUGCCACGUCGAAGCUUAGGUCCUUCAAUCACAAAAGUCUCUAACUCCAUUGCGAAAUUAGAAUCUUUGAGGACAUCGUUGUAUAUCAAUGAUUUGUUUAGCGUGGAAAGUGUAGUAUCAAAGUUUAAAUACUUGAGAGUUUUAUCCUUCUGGAAAUUUGAUGAAUUACCUGAUUCAAUAGGUGAAUUGAUUCAUCUACGCUAUUUGAAUCUCUCUUGCUGUGAGAUUAAUAGGUUGCCGGAAUCAUUGUGCAACUUGUAUAAUCUACAAACAUUAAUAUUGUACAGAUGUACUAAGCUGACCAUGUUGCCCAGUGGCAUGCAUAAUCUUGUGAAUUUACGGCAUCUUGAUCUUAGGGAAACUUCUUUGGAUGAAAUGCCUGGAGGAAUAAGCAAAUUGGACCAGUUGCAAACCUUAAGUUCCUUUGUGGUGGGCAAUAAUGAAGAUAAUGGAAUCCAGGAAUUAGGAGGGCUCUCAAAUCUUCAUGGAUCAUUGGAGAUUAAGAAGUUGGAAAAUGUUGUUGAUGUCAGACAAGCAAGGAGUGCAAGGAUGUUAGAGAAGAACCACAUUAACAACUUAUCAUUGGAAUGGUGUUCAGGUGAUGAGAUGGUUUCAAACACACAGACUGAGAGAGAGAUACUCCACAGCUUGGAACCGCACAAUGGCUUGAAAGAGUUGACAAUAAGGGGAUACAGAGGUACAAUAUUUCCAGAUUGGUUAGGGAAUCCUUCCUACAGCAAUAUGACACAUGUAUCGUUGGUGUGUUGCAUGAACUGUUGCAUGCUGCCUUCACUUGGACAGCUACCAUCUCUUAAGUCCCUGGACAUUCAAGAUUUCGGUCAGCUCAGCAGCAUUGGAACUGAGUUUUACAAGAAUGAAGGCAAUCCUUCUUUGCAAAUUGCUCCUUCUUUUCCCUUGUUGGAGAGAUUGAAAUUUGAUAAACUGGCAUGUUGGGAGGAGUGGCACUUACCUGACUCAAAAGCUUUUCCUCAGCUUAAGACUCUUCAAAUAAUAGAGUGUCCAGUGUUAAAGGGAGAUACGCUUUAUCAGGGAGAUAUGUUUAAGGCAAUGAUCAGCAGCAAUCAUCUAAGUUGCCUCCAAGAAAUAGAAAUCUCAGAGUGUUCAUCACUGAUCUCAUUGUCGUUGGAUGCCUUUCCCAGUCUGAAAGUUCUCGAGAUAAAAGGGUGUUCAAAUCUGGAAUCAGUUUCAAUGUCAGAGCCACCACCUAAAUCUCUGCAAAAUCUGAGAAUUAUGAAUUGCAGAAAACUGGAAUUUCUUCAACAACAGCACAAGUAUGAUUUGGUAAACCUAUAUAUGUUUGACAGCUGUGAUUCACUGAGCUCCUUGUCGUUGGAUGUCUUUCCCAAUCUCAAGAAUCUCGAGAUAUCAGGGUGUAGGAAUCUGGAAUCAGUGUCAAUGUCAGAGGUACCACACGCUGCUCUUCAACGUCUAUCCAUUACUUUCUGCUCCAAAUUAGUGUCAUUAGCAGGAGAAGGACUGGCUGCACCCAACUUGACUCAUCUCAACCUCGUAUUCUGCUCGAAGUUGGAGGCAUUACCACGUGACAUGAAGAGUCUACUCCCAAGUUUACAGUCCCUCGAGAUAUAUGGUUGCCCAAACAUGUGCAGGUUGGCAGAAGGUGGUUUGCCGCCUAACUUGAAAUCACUUGGUGUGGGAAUUAGCGAGCAACAAAUGAGGGAUCUAUCAUGGAUGCCCAACUUGCACGCCCUCACUCAUCUUGAAAUUGCAGGUUAUGACUGCAACAACAUAAAGUCAUACCCGGAGGUGGGUUCGCUGCCUCACCUUCCCUCCCUUACCACUCUUUAUAUUGAAUACUUUGAUAAUCUGGAGACAUUGGAGUGCAACGAGCUUCUCCGCCUCACCUCCCUUCAACAAUUGCACAUUAAGUACUGCAACAAGCUGGAGAAUAUGGAAGGAGAAAAGCUGCCUCCCUCUCUCUUGCGACUUGAAGUUUAUUCUUGUGAUUUGCUGGGAAAACACUGCAACAACAAGCAUCAACUAAUCUGGCCCAAAAUUUCCCACAUCCCCACCAUUCAAGUCGAUUUCUAGUUAGUUAGACCAAUAAUACCAUGAACUGAUGUUUUUUAUCAAUGAAGUUCAACAAAUUAAAACCAAUAAGGGAAUGACUCAAAGUUAUUAACACAGUACUAGAAAACAAAAUAAGCUCGUGAUCCUAUAGACAUUAUUCUCUUCAAAAUUUAUAGUGUAAUUUAUUUAGGAGUAUCUCUCGAAGAGGAUUUUGUUUUAUUUUGUGUAGAAACAAAUUGAAAGUUGAAAAAAAAAAAAAUCUGAGUCCCUUACUAAUAGCAUAGAAGCUUCUGCACUCACUAUAUUUAUUUAGAA